AUGAAGGGAGCUCUACUUACCGCAGCUGUGCUGCUAGGUUCCGCCCAGGCCGGCGGCGUCCACAAGAUGAAGCUCAAGAAGAUUCCUCUGGCUGAGCAACUGGAGAGCAUCCCGAUUGAGCAGCAAAUGCGCGGUCUUGGACAGAAGUACAUGGGUGCUCGACCUGAAACUCAGAGCCAGGCCGUAUUCCAAGAUACAUCCAUCCAUAUGGAUAAGGACCAUCCUGUUCCCAUCUCCAACUUCAUGAAUGCUCAAUACUUUUCUGAGAUCAGCAUCGGCACUCCCCCCCAAGAUUUCAAAGUCAUUCUUGACACCGGUAGCUCCAACCUCUGGGUCCCCUCAUCAUCCUGCGGUAGUAUCGCUUGCUACCUCCACUCCAAGUACGACUCGUCCUCUUCUUCGACGUACAAGCAAAAUGGCACUGAGUUCGAGAUUCGUUACGGAUCUGGCAGCUUGAGCGGUUUCGUAUCUCAAGAUACCUUGACUAUUGGUGACCUUACGGUUAAGAACCAAGAUUUUGCCGAGGCUACGAGUGAGCCUGGUUUGGCUUUUGCCUUUGGUCGAUUUGAUGGCAUUCUCGGAUUAGGCUUUGACCGCCUCUCCGUGAACGGCAUCGUUCCUCCAUUCUACCAGUUGGUUAACCAGAAGUUGAUUGAUGAUGCCGUCUUUGCCUUCUAUCUCAGCAGCGAGAAUGGAGAUGAUGCCUCGGAGGUUGUUUUCGGUGGCGUCGACAAGGAUCACUACACUGGUAAGAUCACUGAGAUCCCGUUACGCCGCAAGGCUUACUGGGAGGUCGACUUCGAUUCCAUUUCUUUCGGUGACGAGACUGCUGAGCUUGAGAACACCGGAGUUAUCCUUGACACCGGCACUUCCCUUAUUGCCCUUCCUUCCGAUCUUGCUGAGCUACUCAACAAGGAGAUUGGCGCUAAGAAGAGCUUCAACGGCCAGUACACUGUCGACUGCUCUGUCCGUGACUCGCUUCCUGACAUCAGCUUCAAGCUAAGCGGUUACGACUUCGCUAUUGGACCUUACGACUACAUUCUCGAGGUUCAGGGCAGCUGUAUCUCUACCUUCAUGGGCAUGGACUUCCCUGCUCCUGUUGGCCCUCUUGCCAUUCUCGGUGACGCAUUCCUCCGAAGAUGGUACUCUAUCUAUGACCUUGGAAAGGGCACUGUUGGACUAGCUAAGGCCAAAUAG